AUGAACUCUGAUACAUUUUACAAUCAGACACGAAAGCGACAUCCGCUUGUCAGUGUUGAUGAUAGUCUGACGAAAAAACGUCUCGAAAAUAAUCAUCAACUUUCAUUGAUGAAGAUGGCGUAUGCAACAAGAACAUUUUGGUCACAAGCUGAAGCUUUGGACUUCAUGAUGGAAAGACAAAAAAAUAAUAAUUCAGACGAAAUUCUUUAUUUAUUCAGUUUUGAAUCUCAACCGGAAGGAAAACGUCGAUAUCAAGUUGCUGAUAUUGAUAUUUUUAUUCAUGAAUACUACCAAUUACCUGCCAAUCAACGUCAUACAUACGAAAUUAUUGUUGAUAAAAAACCAUCAAAACUUUAUUUUGAUCUUGAAUAUGAUAUUGUCGCUAAUCCAAAUAUCGAUGGACCUAGAUUAACUACUAAUUUUAUCCAGUUUGUUCUCAAUUUUAUGCGAAAACGAAGUGACGAUUUGGAUUAUUCAAUCAAAGAUGUUCUUGUUCUGGAUUCUACAUCACCAAAAAAGUUUAGUCGCCAUUUGAUAUUUCAAACAAAAGAUCCGUUUCUGGAUAAUAUUGCCGUUGGCAAAUUCGUUAAUCUUAUCUUAGAAGAUAUUCAUGGUUGUUUAAUCAAUCAUCAAUGUCCAGGCGUAAUAAAUUCUUCAUUGUCUCGAGUGCAACAAAAUCAAUCAUAUGCUGAUUCAACAGUUUUUUCAAAAAAUCUUCUUAAUAGUCUUGAACCUCAUUUAUCACGUUUUGAACAUUGUGAUUGUAUUGAUGAUUAUUCACAACUCAAAUUUAAAGAUAUGAUAGAAUUUAUGGUUAAUAAAAGUGACGGUACUGGAAUAAUAUGGUUUUGUGAUAUGGGUGUUUAUACAAAAAAUCGAGCAUUUCGAUUACUUCGAUCGAGUAAAUUUGAUAAACAAGAAUGUUUUACAAUUGCACCAGAAAAUCAAUGGAAACCAAUUUUACGACGUUGCCGUUCUACAACCAGUAAACCGAACGAUGCGGAACGGCAAACAUUUAUGGCUUCACUUGUUUAUUUUAAUAAACCAAUUCGACGUUUUAUUGAUGUUGAUGAUGAAAAUCCAACUGCUAUACAAAGUAUGAAUUCACGUAUGCAACGUCCAAAUCAUUCAUCACCAUCGUAUAUGACAGAUGAUAUGCGAAAAAUGUCGUUAGACUAUCCAGAAUUAAUCAAUUAUAUGUCGAAUAUAGCACGUGACAAAAAAGAUGAUGGUAACGGUAUUCGUAUCAGUCGAUUAUAUAAAGCGAAAGAAAUUCAAAAUGAUUUUCGAUGGGAAAUUAGUUUCCUGUAUGUGGGAGAUUAUAAAUAUUGUGAAAAAAUAAAACGUCAUCAUAAAGCAAACAAUAUUUAUUUCGUAGUUGAUAUGCGUAAGGGAACAUACAGACAAAAAUGUCAUGAUACUGACUGUAAAACAUUUCAAGGUGUUGAACAAACAUUACCACAGCAUGUCACUCCUUGGUUAAUGUUGCUUGAUGACGAUUGGGAAAAUCAAAAUCCACAAUCAUUGCAGAAAACCAGCUAG